AGGGUCGGAGGGUGAUCCAGUGUUCGAUCGAUAGUUAGGGGGUGGCGUAUUUUUUCCCGUCAUGCUUCCCCCGUCGGAUUUUCCACCGCUUCCACCCCUUGUGGUUGAUGUGGAUCCGUCGAUGUCAUCCAUAGCAAGGCAAAAGUUGGCGCAUAUUGGCGAUGAAAAAUGUUCGGCUUUGAGCAAUUAAAAUUCAUUUUGGAUGUCUCUACUAGGUAUCAUUCAGGCACCAAUGAGAAAUGAGCGCCAAUUUUGGCAACCCUCUGCACUGCCGAUCUUUGUCCAUUUCAGAGACCAGGGAGGAGGGUGUAAGUUUCCGAAUAUCGAACAACCCUGCUGACUCAUAGUAGCGACGGAAGAUACUCUCUCUACAGAAUGCUAACAUGGAUUUCAAAAAUGGUUUGAUGCCGGAAAAAUGUGUGUCGGAGCGUCUGAACGAUUUUCAAAGACAAAUGCCACGUUGUACCACUUAGGAUUUUGAGAAACAAAUCAUGAUGAAUUUGAGGCGCCCGAUAUUGAUUUAUUCAUCUGGAAUUAUCUUUUCCAUGAUGGGCAUAGCUGCAGCUUCUAUGGCUGCUACUUUGGUUCCUCCAAAAUUGAUGCCCUUGUCGAGGAUCGCCCAGUUGCGGAAGGGGGAGCGAUACCACGUGACGUGCAGCACGAGCGAUGGCUCCCCUCCCCUCACCUUCACGUGGUCGAAAGACGGGGAAACGAUUGAGCCCCGAGAGAAUCCCCCCAGCCCCACCGAGAUUGGGAUUCGAAGGCUGGACGAGUUCUCCACGUCCUUGGUAGUGGAGGACGUGCAAGAGCAGCACACUGGCAACUACAGCUGCACUGUGGCCAAUGCAGCUGGGAGAGAUUCAGGAACGACCAGCCUGCAGGUGCUAUUUCCACCUCUCUGGGUGCGACCCCCAAGUGACGUAUCUGUCGUUGCCGGAAGCAAAAUUAACUUGCAUUGUGAAGCCAAAGGAUCACCAAAACCUACUAUCACAUGGAGGAAAAAUACAGAUUUUUCAGCCAUGGAUUUUGAAGUCGUCCACUCCGAUGGUCGGUUGCGCAUUUCGGACGAUGGCCAGAGUCUCAAAAUCCCAGAAGCGAAGAAAGAAGACGAAGGUUUCUAUGAAUGCCAUGUUACUAAUGGGAUUGGAGAUCAGCUGAGGAAAUCCAUCAGAGUGGAAGUACAAGUUCCUCCCAAGGUGGCCGCCGGUCCCAGUUCCAUGGUCGUGGAGAAGAACAAAGACGUCAAUAUACAAUGCAAUAUGACCGGCGACUCCCCCCUCAACAUCAUGUGGGAAAAAAAUGGGCGACCUCUUGAGUCACGGAAACCCAAAAUCCAGAUUCAAGAAUUUCCAACUGACAAUGGAGUGACAUCUUCCCUUCUUUUAUUGCACGUAGACAGAGGCAGUAGCGGCCUUUAUGUUUGCAAAGCGAAGAACAGCUAUGGUGAAAGCUAUCGAAUUAUCAAUGUAGAUGUUGUAGAAAUUCCGGGUCAACCCAAAGAUUUGACUGUGAGUCAAAUUUGGAGCAGAAGUCUUCAGCUGACUUGGGUUUCUCCUUACCAUGGCAAUAGACCUAUAACUGCUUAUAUCAUUCAUUAUUGGAAAACAGAAGGGAAAUCUGAACCACCCCCGGAGAAACCUCAGGAACUGAGAAUCGCUUCCCUACAGACGGUGGCUGUAGUGUCCGAACUUCUUCCAAACAGUAUUUAUAGCCUGUACGUGGUGGCCGAAAACGAAGUCGGUAUGAGCCCUCCCUCAGAAACAGUCACAGCCACGACAAGAGAAGAAGAACCCGAUUGGGCUGUGACUGAAGUGACAGUUAUAGAUAAACAUGCUACUUCCGCUAAACUUCGGUGGAAGUGUCCACCGAAGAGCAACUGGAAUGCUCCAUUGAAGGGCUUUUACGUGGGCUACAAAAGAAUGAGCACCAAAACAGCAUACACAUAUCGCACCCUCAACGUGAACGCCUGCAAGGACCAUCAGGAAUUCGUCCUGCAAGGACUGCAGAGGACUUCCAGCUACAUGGUCAUCGUGAGGGCUUUCAACCAUGUGGGGACUGGGCCUCCGUCCGAGCAGGUGGUGGUGCAUACGGCAGAUGGAGGUCCUCCAAGAACACCACACGUUAAAGUAAUUCAAACGGGAGGUGUCACUUGCAGCUUGAAAAUUUGGCCUCGAGAAAACAGCAGGAGUCUGCCAACAGCCUUUAUUAUUCACGUUCGAGAGCAAAAUGGCGACCGGCACAAGAUCCAUGUCUCAGUGCUUCCAUCACAGAAUUAUUCAAUCGGUGGCCUCAGUCCUGGAAGACAGUACGAGAUUUUCGUCACUGCGAAGAAUAGGUUUGGAGAAAGCGCUGCUUCGGCGACGAUCAAAAUCAUUACAGAUCAAACCGCAGAUCCUUCCUUGCUGGAACCAUCCACUGAGCCUGUGUACGCCAAAAUGUACUUUGUCGUGCCAAUAGUCGUCUCAGCUAUUGCCAUCUUAAUCAUGCCUUUUAUAGCCUGCUAUUAUCAUUACAAGCUCCAUCCUCGUCCUAUAACUACAGAACUCAUUGAAGAUCGUGACUUCCUUUAUGCGGCAGCUACUCUACAUCGCUUAGAAGCAACUCUCCGGAGAGCUUCACAAGCUUCAGGUACAAUGUCCAGGCCAGUCCCAGCAAGAACCUCAUCGCUUCCAAGGCCUUCCAGAUCCGGCCGAGUGAUCACAACUACCUUACCCAAACCGGAACCACAACCAGUGCCAGAACCGGAGCCUUCUCCAGCGCUUCCAACGUCUUACUCUACGCUGCAGAACUAUGGAACUGCUAUAGCAGAAAAUGAGCCUUCAACACCUCCCGUAAACAAAGCUACCAUUAGCGUGGCAGACGAUAACAGAUAUGAUUCUGUCGUAGAAGAAAUGAGAACGUUCAUCAAGGACAAAGGCUCGACAAAGCCAAAAAAGGUUGAGGCUGAGGCUGAAGUAAUGGAAGACGAUUCUUCGGAUGAUGGCUCCUGACAUCAGAUCACAUUGGAUAUCUAAAAUCUAGACAUCCAAUGUGAAGGAAUAGGAAUGCUUAGCUACUAUUAUAAACAAUUAAUGGGUAUCAACACUACAAGUGUGAUCAUCAGUCAUUAUGAACUUCCCGCAUUGUGGAUUAACUGCAGACUGCUUGGAUUGCUAAACUUUUUUUUACGUGCUAUGUACAGUGCCUCUUUCCUUUAGUCCUGUAUACUAAAAUUAGAACGUAAGGAUUCAUCGAGCUCUAAGUGCUCAUUUCUUGUGCUUUAUAUGUGCAUGAAAAAUAUUUGUAACAUAUAAAAAAUGUGAGUUCUGAGUAUUUCGUUCUGGUGCUGUGCUGGAUUAACUUAUGAAUGAAUGUGUAUGCUUUUUCGGAAUUUGAAGUAACCAAAGGUAAGAGCUCCAAAUGUAGAUAUUUUCUAGAUGGACUUUUAAUGAACGUUCUGAAUGUGACAUUUUGAAUUUUUGAACAAUGGCUUCGCAAAACGAAUCAUAAAUAUUUAUUUGGAGAAAAGUAAAUGUAAAUUUCAUGUAAAGAUUAUUCCCCUUAGAAAAUUCAAAUACUUAUGUGUUUGAAAGCUGAACUUGAAUAUUUUUUUUGCACCCGUGCAUUUUUAGAUUAAAAAUAUCUACAUUCUCUGAAAUAAUAUUAAAAUUGAAUGCUAUCAGCUGCGUGUGUGUGACUGUAAAAAUUACUUAUUAUUAGAAAAAAUAACGUUCAUACGCAAUGUUAUUAAUUGCUUCUAAGACGUGAUUUAUUAUGUAGCUGUAUAUAGCAAUUCUCAAAUUAAAUUUGUAAAACUGAAGCAAAUAAUCAUAUCUUAGAAUUAGUAAGGAGAAGUUUGCUGUCACUUCUUUUUGUUUAUAAUUUUUUUCAGUGUUCAACUCUCCGUUAAUUACAUUUAUUUGUUAGACUUAAGAUUACAGUACGGUUUCGCUUUGGAUCUCUCAAAAUUCUAGCAACAGCUGAAAUUGCUCACCAAAUGGACGCCAUCUUGAAUAAUUUCAAAAUAUGAUGUUUCAUUUCCUAGACUUGUAAACGAUAAUUUUGUAAACUGUCAGAUUUGACUCGUUGCUGCUUUUUAAAAACCUUAUAUCCUAUCGUACUGAGCAUCUACUAUUAAAUACUGUGAUUAACGGAGGGUUAAAUAUAUAUAUAUAUUUCUGUCUGCUUAUUGUGAAAUAUUUAUCUCUUAAAAGCAAUAAAAUGUGAUGCCUUAUUUAUUUUGCUAAAGGUAAGUUAAGCAAAAUAACUAGGCCAGAAGUAAUUCCUUAGCUCUAAUGUGUCACUUUUACCCAAUAUCAUAAUUUAAGGACUCUGUGUGAAAUAGUGUUCUGAUAAAGAGCUUGAAGCCGGUUAACACGAUUUCAAUGAAAUAGAAUUUGUAGUCAGCUAUCUAUGCAAACUCUUCGAUCUCCAUUCAUCCUGGUUACGACAGGAUGAAACUUCAUAAUAAUAUCCAAUAUCCAUAAACAUAUUGGUAUUCAUAAACUGUUCACAAUGAAUAAUUUUCAUAUUGAUCAUUUCAUCCUUUUCUAACUUUUAUUUAAACGAUUUGAUAAACUAUUUAUAUUUUAACUUGAUUUGUUUGUAAAAGAUUUGUUUCUAGAUAUUUACAUAGAAUCGUAUUUGAUACAAAGGCAUUGUACUGUCCAUUUUUCAUAAUAAGUAGAUAGAUCUUUUAUGCCUUUUAUUUAUAACAAUCUUUACGUAAGAAAAUCAAAAACUUGAUACUAUAAAAUAAGAUUGUGUCAUAUAAGUGAAAAUACAGCGUAUCAUUUUAUGUUAUAGAUGUAUGUUACGAUAAAAAAAAACCCAGAUAUGUAAGAAUUAAAUUGAUAUUGAAAUUUUACUUUGAAAUAUUUUUUAAUUGUAAUCGAAAUUUAUUUCUCUUAAAAAUUUAUUUCAAAUUCUUCAUGAACUAAAACUGAUGCUUUUUAACGUUAUAUACGUUAUAAAGAAAUAAAAAGGCGAUAAAUUAUUCCUUUUAUGAUCUGUAUAAAUAAUAUUCUUAACCACUGUAUUAAGCAUUUCAAAUGUAAAAUUCUAAGGAAAGGGAGUGAUUUAUUAUACUAUUUAACGUAAAAUUAUAUCCUUUUCUGCACACAUUUUUAGCAACGAAGUUAUUGGUUCUCAUCAGAAAAUCUUAUCUACUAAAAAUUCCUUUUAUUCAGCAACUAAAAAAAAAAAAAAUCUUUAUGGGUUCGAAAAACGUCUAUAUUUUUUAUUAUUUAUUUAAAAUAAUAUCGUGCUUAUUUUUUUAAACCCUAAAUAAUUAACUAAAUUUCAUGAUUUUUUUUUUGUAUUCAUUGAUUGAAAAUAAAAUGAAAAGAAAACAAUUGUUUACUUCUAAACAUUCACACUUAAAUGUCAUGAAAUUCAUCUAAAUUUUAAGGUUAAAAAUACAAAUUACUUUCUAUUCGUUUGGUUAGGAAAAAUAUAUUUAAUACAUUAUUAAUGUAUAAUUUUCAAAGUUUCUUCAUCAUUUUUAAUUGAAUGAGACAAUAAAUGCAUACAUCAUUGAUAGCAUUGAAUUGAUCGGAAGAAGAAGAAGCAUGUGGCUAUUCCAAUUUUGAUUCUCUUAAUUUUAAUUUCGAUAGUUAAUGUUAUAUGUAAAGAUAUUCUGUAAUAUUUUUUACGUCAAUUACGGCAGAAAUAUUAUUAAAAAUCAUGAGAACCUUUAGAACCAUUUUGUUCCAAAUUUCAACUCUAUUAAAAAUAAAUUACUGUUUUCUUACAUAUCUUUUAAUGCUGUUUUGAACAGUUUAUGAGAAUACUGUGAUCUUAGCUUUAUGUAUAUAUAUACAUUAAGAAUUAGGUUAAUUGGAUUAGUUUUUUGAUAUACUGAAGCGCUCACUUUUUAGAUUUUAAUAAUGUUAUUUGCCGCAUUUCAUUAUAAUUUUACAUUUCCAAAAUUUUUGUAUUUCUGUCUUGUAUUAAAAAUGUUCCUUGUUUCAAACAGUUACUCAAACAAAUCAAAGUCAUUAUUCUUUUGAAUGUGUAUUUCGACGUCUUAUACCAUUAUGAAAAUAUUAAUUUUAUUCAUUAUUUAACACACUAUGCGAUUUCGAAUUAUACAAUUUAGGGGUACAAUAUUUGUCUACACUUCAUGUAAGAAUUGAUUUCUCAGCUCGAUAUAUUGUUUUGCCUCCGUCAUGAUUUUAAAUAAGGUUAAAUUUUUAAUUUAUUAAAUAAUUUCUCCUGUAUUUCAGAAUAAUUUAUCAUUUCUUUAAUUGAGAGGCAUAUAUUUAUCAAAUUUUUUCUGGAAGAUUUUGUAAAAUAUUUUAUUCCAUCCAUUACUUACAGCAGAAAUAAGGAAUACGUAUAUUUUCUUCACAUGGAAAUUUGAAAUCAAAAUUUGAUUGCUAAGAUAUCCAAAUAUUUUUGAUUUUCCUAUAUUUUAUAAGUAUGAUAAGCUUGCUAAGCUAUAAUAAAAUUAUCUUUAAACUAUGCAGUACUUUCGUAUGGAACAUUUUUAUAAGU